AUGUCAGACCUUCCUAUGGAAGUUACCGCCGACAUAUUAUCACGAUUACCAGUGAAACCGCUUCUGCGAUUCAGGUCCGUAUCGAAACUUUGGUGUUCGCUCAUCGACAGCCCUGUUUUUAUCAAAUCGCAUCUCAAUCGGUCCAUCGAGACCAACGAUAAUCUCAGCAUCAUACUCAGAGAUUGUUAUCUCUACUCCAUAGACUUCAACUCGUUGGAUCGUGCUAUAGAGCUUGACCACCCCUUGAAAUCCAAUAGUUGUGGAACUGAAGUGUUGGGCUCUUUCCACGGCUUGCUCUGUUUGUCUAACUCAGAGGAAGAAAUUGUCCUGUGGAACCCUUCCACCCGAAAACACCGCAAGUUACCGGUCGCACCUAUCGAAUUCCCGCCUGAAUUCACCUUUCCCCAGUUUUUUAUUUAUGGGUUGGGAUAUGAUUCUGUCAGUGAUGACUACAAGUUGGUGAGGAUAGUACAGUUUUAUGGCAUUGAUCACGAUUCAUUUGAUUCUGAAGUUAAGGUUUACAGUCUGAAAUCGAAUUCGUGGCGAAGGAUUCAAGAUUUCCCUUAUUACCUCCUCUACAAGCGGGUGAAUGCUGCGGUUGUUAAUGGGGCUUUGCACUGGGUUGUGAGUCGGAAACCGGAGUCGGACACAGCCAAUUUGAUUGCUGCAUUUGAUCUUGGGGUUGAGGAAUAUCGAUUGGUGCCACAGCCUGAUUAUUUGGAUAAAGAUUUUCAUAUGAAUGUGGGAGUGUUGGGAGGAUGCCUUUAUGUAAUGUGCAAUUAUGUGGGAGAACGAGUUGAUAUAUGGGUGAUGAAAGAGUAUGGAGUAAAGGAAUCUUGGACUAAAUUGUUUUCUGUUGAGCAGCCAAGUGUGGUUAACUUGUUUGAUUUUGUGAAGCCUCUAGCAUUUUCAAUGAAUGGUGAGGAAAUACUUCUGGACCAGGACGGUGUAAGGCUUCUUUGGUUCGACCUGAAAAGGAAAACACUCAAGAAUGUUAGGAUUCAGGGUGUGCCGAGUUUGUUUGAACCUGAAAUGUGCCUGGGAAGUCUAGUUCCGCUCCAGGGUGAUGAUGGAGAGAAGCAGCAAGCACAAAAGAAAAUGAAGAAGAAGGAUAGAAAGGGAAGAGAUGACUUCACUUACGUGCUGUAUUUUGAUUCUCUUAGAGAUGACUUCCUGUCAAAGGGGUUCAAACUGAAGCUUUGA